CUUGAAAAGAUUCCAGUUCAGGCCAAAUUCCUUAGCAUUAUCAUUUUCAGCAAACGACACGAUUAGCUCGUGGAGACAAAUAAUUAAAGAAGACAACGGAAGAAAGUUCUACCUGUAUCAAAUAUCCCCACAACUACAUCUUUUCCAUAAGCCAAUUGUAUUAUCGUUUGGGACUUGACCAAGGUAAGAUCCAUGAAAUCCCAGCUCCUUGUAGUGUGCAACUGCAAUGUCGUACUUCGAAAUACUGUUACAACACCCUUCAUCCCUACACAUAAGGAUCAUCUAAGUUAACGGCUAAAAGCAUUACAAAUUACAAGAGAUGAGGCAGUAAAUCUGUCAAAAAGGUCAAAAUUAAGGAUCAAAAGGAGGCUGGUUUAGUACUGGACAAAGUGUUAGCUUGACUUGAAUUGAGCUUUGCAGAAAACCCAGAAAUAUGAAGCCUGUAGCUGUACAACAGCGAUUGUUUUGCAUCUUCCUCUCUGCGUUAAUUCAUGAGAACAAUGUAUGAGGUUGUAUCAACUAAAAAUCAACUUUGUUUAGGACUCUCUCGACAUCAUUAAGCAUGGAUAGUCAGAGCAGCCCUGAGACUUGAGAGGCCCGCGGUGAAAUAUUAAUUAUAGACUCCUAAUUACUAAGUAUGGUAUUUUAGACCCCUAACUAUUGAAUAUUAAAACGUAAUUAUGUUAAUUUUUUUGAUGGACUCGGGGUAUAGGCCAUUCUUGCCCAAUUAUAGAGCCUGCACUGUGGAUAGUAUAAAGCCGUGACAAAUCGUCACAUAAUAACCCAGUGGUCCUACACGUGUGUACACACCCACGGGGCUUCCAUGAGCUCUGACCCACAAACUCUUGGGUAAUGAGCGUUGACUUGUAUAUAUCCUUGAUAAUGUGUACUCUUUUUCAAACCAUAUGGCCAUCAAGCAUUAAAUACAAGUCCACAACUGACUAUUUUAGCGAUAUGAGAUUUCCCUCACAAGUAAAGUAUUUACAACAAAUAGUUCAAAAUGGAUGAUGGUGCUCAGUGUUCACCUAGAAAAGACUGCAGACAACAAACGCAGAUGGGACCUUUUGGCGAGCACUGCAUCCUGAUUUUUAACUCCCCCAAGAUACACAAUAUAUACCUGCACAGACAAGACAGCAAAAAUUGGACGAAAACUAUCUCAUGGGCCAUAGCCCAUAGGAAUUGCUCUAAUUUCCUUUUAAAUACGUCACAUCGAUGGUCACGACUCACAUUUUUUCUUUAAUUCUAAUCUAGACAUUUGAGUUAUCUUUCCAUUUCGUCUACACAAUUCUUGCCCCACUCCUAAAAAUACCAAACUCAGUACAUGUAGCAAUUCAACAGAAGGAGUACAAUGCUUGUGUCCUUCCAGGAGAAGAAUUACUUACAUCAGAAGAGUACGCUGCUUGUAAUAAACAGAUUGAAACAGAAAGCAUUAAUUUCCAAUUAUAAGCCAUUAUCAUCUUCUACAAGAAAAAAGUAGACAUCCGUUUGGACUUAUAUACUGACGUUAAAGAAGCAUGCAUGGAUAGGCUCUGAUUUAUCUACGUGCUGUGUCAUUUAAUGAUCUUCCUAUAUAAAGUAUAAACCCUAGCUCCGCCCUAUGUCUACACAUUUGAGGAUUGAACUAGAUUUCAUUAUCACCAUUUGCUUGAAUAGUUUAAAGAAAAUCCAUGUGGUGUCAUCAUUCAUCAUUGCUCUGAACAUAUUUUUCAUGAUCCUUAUGGAAUUCAAGGCUCUCUUGUCAAGAAGUUUGUUGGUUCCAUAAGUUUCGCUACAUUUUUUUUUUUGGCCGUGAUCUACUCUUUCUCUAUAGUUUUCAUAUAGUUAUUCAAUUUAUCUUUUCAUCUCAUAUAUCUCUUAUUUCCCAUUAAAUAUACCUCUAACCUCUGUUUCUCGCUUUCCUUAGUUUGCAUAAUAAAUGUACUUGCUGCAAACCCUGUAAGACGAUCGGAGUUGUUAAGUUUAUGUUCAUGUAUGCAUUGUAUAAUGUUCUACUAAAAUAUUUAUAGAACCUAGAUUAGUUGACCAACCUCUAAAAUAUGAAAGAAUAUCCUAGUCCUUGGGCAGGUUUUAAUCACCACAAAGACAACCUAGCUAGCUAGUGAAACAAGUACUCCAAUGAGCUAGAGAGUAUUGCAUAGAUAUUAAAAAAAUGGUGGGGACAAAUAUAUUGCGCGGAUAAGAUUAAAAGUGAGAGAAAAUGUGUGAAAAAGAAUUAAAGAAAAUGGUGGGAUUAUUACUCAAAAUAAAAUUGUUAUAAAGUAAAAAGAACGAACUAAAAUGAAACAUGGGCAAACGAGAGAAAUGGGAGUAUGUUUUAAGCUGAGUUAGUAGGCAACACACUAGAGUAUAGGGAUAAAAUGGUUAUUCAGGCUUUUGCAGAAUAAGCACACUUGACAACAUACAUUGCGUUACGCUACUGCAAAAUUUCAAUCAAAGGCCUAAGACCUUUGAUAUUAGCUUCUCAAGCUCAAAUCAUUAUUCCUUUUGCUCGCAAGGAAUGCAUGCUUCUUAAGUUUCAAGUAUAGCUGCCAGUAUCUUUUUAUGGCUUUAGUAGACAAAGAAACCAAGUGUUCAUUCUAAGUUGCUUUUGGGUGCUCGUUUAUGAGAUUUUAGUUGCCUAAGAGCGUGUGAUACCCUGAGUUGAAAUGUGAUUAGAAUAUUCUUUUAAAGGUCUUAUCGUACUAAUCAUACCAAUAAAGUGCAUUUUUUAAGGAAGUUGAUUUGCAAAGAAUUCCACAACUAAUAGUGCCAGAUGUGGAUUACACUUACAAUACCACGUACAUUAGUACAUAGGAGUAUUUAUUCUUUAUGUACAAAUAUACUCUCUAACUUCCUACUUCCACCGCGUCUCUCACUCUUGUCUAAAUAUGAUCAACUCGUGAAUAGUAGGGAGAGAACACAUAUCAAUAAAUAGAGACAAAAUCUCCAAUGACAUCAACAACAACAAUGUCAAACCUUAAUCCCAAAAGAUUAGGAUCGACUACAUGAACCAAUAUAUCAGUUACAAUUAUCCUCCACUUGAAUUCUUCUUUUCAAUUUAUUCCGAUUUUCUAGCUACACUCUUGUCCUCCAAGUUAAUUUUGGGUUUCCUUGUUGUCUCCCGAGAGUCUUGGAAAUGAGAAAAUCAAUUCCUUAACAAACAGAGUAUGUAGCAAUGAGUGAUCCAAAUCCUGUUGGGCGUGGCAAAGUGUAAAGUUAAAUAAGUAACCAUGAAAAUGACCAGCUACACCAUCCUUAGCUUAAAUAAGCAGCAAAAAUCCAAAGUCAAGAAAAACAUAAUGACAAGAACGGUGUUACAGUCUUAAAUAGUACUCCGGAUCAAUGUAAUACUGCCCUAAAUGGAUUGUUGACUUUUAUCCAUAUAUGCAGAACAUAGUGCAAAUAUGCGCUAGUAGUCACAAUUGCGAUAUAGUAAUGAUGUAACACGAGUGAUGCAGUUAAAUGUUAACACCGCUAAAUACCUUUCAUAACUAUGAAGUAUCCCUUAAACCACCUAAAAUGAGGUCUCUUUGCACAUUUAUAAUGCGGAUAUUACUAGUCCAGUAAAUUUGAAAAAUUUUACGACGCGGCCGAUAAGAUAAGAUGUAGCCUUGUUUUUGCACUAGACUACACAAGAAAAAAAUCUAUGUGAAGCAUGCUAUUAGAAAAAGUCAAAUCCAAGUCCAAAGAUAAGAUUUAAUUUUGAAAGUCCACCGCAUCAUAUUAUGCUUUGAAAGUAAACACUAGUAGUAUGAAUGCAGUCUUAAGAAUAGAGACUUAAGGGGGAAGGCACUAGAUUGUAGGCAGGGAGGCAUGAAAAGGAGUCAUUUUUAUACAUAAAAAGAAAAGGAAUAGAAAUGAUUAGUGGGGGACUCAAGAAUGAAAUGCACUGAAACCCACUAAUGCCUGUUGACACAACAAAGCACACACAAUGACACAGUUGACACUGCCAAAGCACCUAACAAUACCCCUCUACAUUGUUCAUUCGGAUCAUCAGAUUAAUUUCGUUAGAUUUUUCGGGUUGGUUUGAAAUUGGGUUUGUGUCUAUAUUUUAUUUUACAUAAUUGUAAAUCAUUUUUAAAGUCGGGUUAAAUUGGAUUCGAUUACAAGUCAUAUAAAUUUCGAGUCAUCGGUUCUGUUUCGAACACUUCUACCCCUGUCCCUCUAAAUUUGCAUCACCUUUUAUAUUAUUUUGUCCCACUUAUUUUACACCUUUUCCUUUUUUGGUAAUGGUCCUACUUUUUUUCUUUUAAUCUCAUUAACAAAUUUAUUAUCUCUCUCCAUCUUGACCAUUCAUUUCUAUCAUUCACUUAUGUUUUAUCUUAUUUUCAAAUUCAAUUUCUUUUUCAACUAAAUUUCACUUAAAAAAUUUUAGUGGCAUUCUCAUAAUGACAAAGAGAGAAGAGUAAUACUCAACCAAAUACUCAUCAUAUUCAUAACACACUCCUAAGUCCUAUCAAUUCAAAGUUGGUGAACUUAUCAAUUUUUAUUUUGAUAUCUCUCCCAUCUCCUUCAAAUCUACAUCUCUUAGAUUCACCAAAUUUCUUACUUGAUCAUCAAAGCCAAAUCUGUAAUGGUGAAAGUAAACAAUGGGUAAUUGCUUGUGUCAACGGGGUCGUGAAUUUGACUCAAUCUACAAGCUCUCCCCAAAUCCUAAACCAGAAUCUUUACAAGAGGUGAGUAAGGAAGUGUGCAAAUUGCCUUCAAAUGCUAAGGAAGUGGAAGAUUUACGCCGUAAUUCAGCUGCAAAUCCACUCCUUGUUUUCACCUUCGAAGAACUUAAAGUAAUUACCAACAAUUUUAGGCCAGACCAAUUGUUAGGUGGAGGAGGAUUUGGAAGUGUUUAUAAAGGCUUCAUUUCAGCAGAUUUAAGAGAUGGAUUAUUACAACCACUUCAGGUGGCUGUUAAAGUUCAUGAUGGCGACAAUAGUUAUCAAGGUCAUAGAGAAUGGCUGGCCGAAGUAAUAUUCCUUGGGCAGCUUUCACAUCCUAACUUGGUGAAGCUAAUUGGAUAUUGUUGUGAAGAUGACCACCGUGUGCUGAUUUAUGAGUACUUGGCCCGAGGCAGUGUUGAGAAUAAUUUGUUUUCAAGAGUAUUGCUUCCCCUGUCUUGGGGUAUCCGAAUGAAGAUUGCAUUUGGCGCUGCAAAAGGACUCGCUUAUUUACAUGAAGCGGAGAAGCCUGUGAUUUAUCGAGACUUUAAGACAUCAAACAUCUUGUUAGACAUGGACUACAAUGCAAAACUCUCUGAUUUCGGUCUUGCUAAAGAUGGACCUGUUGGCGACAAGUCCCAUGUUUCUACUCGUAUAAUGGGAACGUAUGGUUAUGCAGCUCCUGAAUAUAUCAUGACAGGGCAUUUAACUCCAAGGAGCGAUGUUUACAGCUUCGGAGUAGUCUUACUUGAACUUCUUACGGGAAGGAAAUCAUUAGACAAGACGAGAUCAACAAGAGAGCAAAACCUAACAGAUUGGGCUGUUCCAUUGCUUAAAGAGAAGAAAAAACUACUAAAUAUUGUAGAUCCCAGACUUGGUGGGGAUUAUCCUAUAAAAGGAUUUCAAAAGGCAGCCAUGUUGGCUUAUCAUUGCUUAAAUCGAAACCCGAAAGCCCGGCCAUUGAUGCGUGAUAUAGUAGAAACUUUAGAGCCUCUGCAAAUAACUGAUAACCAAGAUCCCCUAGUUUUGGAUGGUAAAACAACUUUCACAUUCCAAUAUGCCCAGAACUAACCCUGAAAUUUGAGAGUAUCGAGGCGAAACAUUAAUUAUAGACCCCUAAUUACUAAAUAUGCUGUUAUAGGCCUCUAACUAUUAAAUAUUAAAGCGUUGUUUUUCAAAAUUUUGGAUGAGUGAGGCGCACAGGCUCCUCUUACCCCCUUAUAGGGCCGACCUUGCGGCAAUAACUAGCUAGUUCCUUUCAAAUACUUCCAUAAAAAAUCACUUUUUGAGGCUUCUACUUCUGUGGAGGUUUAUGUUUGUCAUCUCUUAUACAUUUGCCUACGAUGAUGUAUAAUGUAUUAUUUUACUUAUGUAUGUAGUUGUAAAGUUUCUUGUAUUUUUUUUUUGUGUAAAAAUAUCAACACCGUUUGUCUCACAUGUGCACUUUAUGCAAUAGCUAGGCUAUUGUAGCUAAUCUUAUACUUAAUUCGUUUUAUUAUAAUAGUUAUGUUUGACUUUUAUGCAA